UGCUCUUCUGGUUUUCUUGGGGGCACUCUAUUACUUCAUGACACGGCCUAGAAAGGUAUACUUGGUGGAUUUUGCAUGUUACAAGCCUCCACCGGAGAUUAUGUGCCCUAAGGAGAUGUUCAUGGAUAGAUCAAAGAAAGCCAAGUUUUUUAGUGAGGAAAAUCUGUCAUUUCAGAAGAGGAUAUUGGAGAGGUCAGGGUUGGGUGAAAAGACUUAUUUCCCAGAAGCCCUUUUGAGAGAGCCGCCCAAUCCUUGCAUGGGUGAGGCUAGGAAGGAGGCUGAGAUGGUGAUGUUUGGUGCCAUUGAUGACCUGCUGGCUAAAACUGGUGUGAAGGCUAAGGAUAUUGGGAUUCUUGUGGUGAAUUGCAGUCUCUUCAACCCAACUCCUUCUCUUUCCGCCAUGAUUGUCAACCAUUACAAGCUUUGGGGGAACAUUCCAAGCUACAACCUUGGUGGUAUGGGUUGUAGUGCUGGACUCAUUUCAAUUGACCUUGCCAAACAACUCUUGCAGAGGGUGCAUCCCAACUCUUAUGCCCUAGUAGUGACCAUGGAAAACCUCACUCUCAACUGGUACACCGGCAACAACCGAUCAAUGCUUGUCUCCAAUUGCAUUUUCCGAAUAGGCGGCGCCGCCAUCCUCCUCUCCAACCGCUCCUCCGACCGCCGCCGCUCAAAGUACCAGCUCCUCCACACCGUCCGCACCCACAACGGCGCCGACGACCGGAGCUACUCCUGCGCCUUCCAACAAGAGGACGCCGCCCAAAAAACCGGCGUCGCCCUUUCCAAACACCUAAUGGCCAUCGCCGGCGACGCCUUAAAGACAAACAUAACCACCCUCGGACCACUAGUCCUCCCCUUUUCCCAACUUCUCCUAUUUUUCACCGCAUUAGUCGCGAGAAAAGUGCUCAAAAUGAACAUAAUAAAGCCGUACGUGCCGGACUUCAAGCGGGCGUUCGAGCAUUUCUGCGUUCACGCCGGAGGGGCGGCGGUGUUGGAGGAGAUAGAGAAGAGGCUUGAGCUAAGUGAAUGGCAUAUGGAGCCUUCGAGAAUGACGCUUUACCGAUUUGGCAACACGUCCAGCAGUUCUUUGUGGUACGAAUUGGCUUAUUGUGAGGCUAAAGGGAGGAUUAGAAAGGGAGAUCGGACAUGGCAGAUUGCGUUUGGUUCUGGGUUUAAAUGUAACAGUGCGGUUUGGCGUGCGUUGAAGACAAUCCAUCCUGCUGAGCUCAACAAGCCUUGGAUGGACGAGAUUCACGAGUUCCCAGUUGACGUUCCUAAACUUGCAACCAUCAACGCUUAA